CGUGAAGUGACAGCUCCGGGUCCACCAUUUCCGUCGUCACCAAUAUUUUAGUUGCGCGUGAGCUUUCGACAGUUGUCUUUAUUAUUUGCCUUAUUUUCCGUGACCCCUAUACCAAACUCCGAAGAUAUAAUCACUGCUUCGAUUGCACAGACAAAAUGCCAUCACAGACAGCUACCCAGAAGAACCCUUCUUUCGUCCUCCAAGCCCCGAAUAAAAUCGUCUACGAGGACAGACCUAUCCCCGAACUCCCCUCGCCAUACGAUGUCAUUGUCAAACCCCGAUGGACCGGUAUCUGCGGCUCAGAUGUGCAUUACUGGGUCGAAGGUCGCAUCGGCCACUUCGUUGUCGAGUCGCCCAUGGUCCUUGGUCACGAAUCCGCAGGCAUCAUACACGCCGUUGGUGACAAAGUGAAGACGCUGAAGGUCGGCGACCGAGUCGCUAUGGAACCCGGUGUGCCUUGCCGGCGAUGUGUGAGGUGUAAGGAUGGGAAAUAUAAUCUAUGUCCAGAUAUGGCUUUCGCUGCGACGCCGCCGUAUGAUGGCACACUUGCACGGUACUAUCCUCUACCAGAAGAUUACUGCUACAAGCUUCCCGAUAACAUGAGCAUGGAGGAGGGUGCUUUGAUCGAACCCACUGCCGUUGCAGUACAUAUCACUCGCCAAGCUUCUAUCAAGCCUGGAGACUCGGUCGUUGUGUUUGGCGCCGGCCCUGUAGGUCUGCUAUGCUGCGCUGUUGCGAAAGCGUACGGGGCAAAGAAGAUCGUAACAGUAGAUAUCAACGAUGAGAGAUUAGCAUUUGCGCUCAAAUACGCUGCAAACGCGAGUUUCAAGAGUGCAAGAGUGAGCGCGGAGGAAAACGCGAAGAACAUGAUCAAAGAAUGCGACCUAGGAGCUGGCGCCGAUGUCAUCAUUGAUGCUUCAGGCGCAGAGCCGUGCAUCCAGACUGCGAUACACGCAUUGCGAAUGGGUGGCACUUACGUACAAGGCGGCAUGGGCAAACCUGACAUCAACUUUCCCAUAAUGGCCAUGUGCACAAAAGAACUCAACGUUAAGGGCUCCUUCCGCUACGGCUCUGGCGACUACCAAACUGCUGUAGAUCUCGUUGCUAGUGGACGCAUCUCAGUGAAGGAACUCAUCACAAAGAAGGUCAAAUUCGAUGAUGCAGAGCAGGCGUUUGCAGAUGUGAAGCAAGGCAAGGGCAUCAAGAUCUUAAUUGAGGGCCCCGAGGAGUGAUUUUCCACCCCUUUCUUAAAGGUGGCUGUUGGGCAGGUGGACAAAUAGCAUUUCGCGGUGUUGUGGCGGGGUGCAGUUCACGGUUCUUUAUGCUGCUUAUAGGUGUCCAAUUUGACAUUAAACACGUCGAUAUUAUUACCAACCGUGAC